AUGGUUUUCACAAUACCCCGUACAGCAUCACAUCUACUACUCAAGCUACUGAAUCUUCACGAACAGCCCUCAAUUCACCGCCACUCUAACAAUCUGGACGGAUAUAUCUUCCUUCCGGCAGCAGUCCCACGCUUCAGAUAUUGUUUGCCAGGGAAGCCGAUUCGAGAAUGGACGGAGGAAGAGAAGACGACUCUGAUAGGCGUGAUGCAGAGCAGCUUUGAUGACUGGUUAGGGUUGAUUCAAGAGGCCGAAGAGCGCGGCAAGAGCACCUUCGUCAAAGAGCAUCUGCAUUGGAUGAUGAAUCCCGUUGCUGAAGCUCGUCUGUACGAAAACGAACAGAGCGACCCGAGCUCUGCAAUACAGUUCCAAGUCAACUGGAAGGAUUCACAGCCAAGCGAAGCGAGAGAAGGACACAAUGUAACUUGCCUACCUGACGCAUUUCUCCUCCAGCACAUCAAACCUACCUUCCUCAUCCGCCAUCCCGCUCUCACUUUCCCUAGCAAUCUGCGUACAAUCAUCGACAACCAAAGCAACUCAACUGCUAUGACUGAGGAGAAAAUUCAACAGUGGGAAUGCACAUACCUUUGGAGUCUCUCUAUGUAUAAGUUCUAUGUACAAUCGACAGGGGAGUUUGAUCGCAGAAGCCUUGUUGAGGGUGUGGAGUAUCCUAUUGUUCUGGAUGCGCAAGACCUUGGAGACGAAGCCCUGGUGAAGAAAUACGCGAAGGCCGUUGGGCUGCACGAAGACAAGGUGCGCUUCACAUGGAAGGCUACAGACAAGGAAGUCUUGAGUGAUAUGGGUACGAUGGAGAAGCGGAUGAAGAGUACGAUUCUGGGGAGCAGCGGUAUCAAGAAAGACAGGCUGAGAUCAGAGGAAUCAGACAUGGAGACUCUGAGAGAGGAAUGGAGCCGUGAAUUUGGAGAUAUGUUGAGUGAGAGGCUCGUAAAGCUUGUCAACGGCAGCAUGGAUGCUUACGAGAUGCUCAAAAGCGUAAGGUUGAGAUUGUAA